AUAAAUUGUUCCACUUGACAGGGGAUGGCAGAAGUGCAUGUCCGUCCACUCUGCACUUCUCGAGAAUCCGGGCGACGUCCAAAAUCAUGGCAAGCAAAAGCAAGCAGAUAUCGAAGUAAAUGCUCUAGAACAGAGCAAUCACACGUAUCCGUCUUCCCCUCCCGCUAUACAAAGCAAGCACUUGCGUCCAGAUGGCUUUGACAGGGCCAAAAUGGUGUAAGCACGCAUGUUCUAAUCAGUCAAUGAGCAAGGACGCAUCAUCCGUCCCCUGCUCCGCCAUUGUAGACAGCGCAACCGCGAACAAGGCAAGCAAAGCAAACACUCGGUGAACGGAUGUCGCACAUUCAAUUCACGAGUGGUCAAGGAAGUUUGUCCAUCCAUAAAGCAAGCACGCAAUACUCACAUAGCCGCGGUAAGCAAAGCAAGCACACACUAAAACCACUCUCCGCUUCCCUUUCCCUUCUCGCUACGAUUGAGCGGGCGAGCGAGCAAACAAGCAAAACAGCGAAGCAGAUGGUGAAAACUACUCCCUCACCAUCCGCCCUUUUUGUCCCUUCUGUCAGUCACUAUUCGAUCUGACGAAGAGUGUACUCUAGGAACAAGUAUUCUCCGUCUUGAUGCACGAUAGCCCAUCGCACUUCCCCCACCUUCAUCGAUAUCAAGAUAGCAUUAACCCACUCCACAUUGUGAGGUAAACACCACUUACUGCCCUUGCGCCAACCCACUAUCUCAGCUCCUUCGAAGCCGUACUUCCACCUGACCCAGUCAUAUGUCACUGCAGACAACACAUUAAGGCGGAGGCGAGUGACGGGCCAAAUGGUAAGUGCAGGCCCAUCAGUCCUUCCUCACCUGUUUGUCCCUCCCGUGGUGUCCCUCCGAUCCCUUCCAUCAUUUUCGAGUAGGACAAUUCUCUGCUUGGCCCCGGAAGACACUCACCUGUUUGUCCCUCCCGUGGUGUCCCUCUGAUAUCUUCCAUCAUUAUCGAGUAGGACAAUUCUCUCCUUGGCCCCGGAAGACACUCGUAAUGGGGACUGAAGGACACGCAACAGCGUUGUAUCUGACAGUGACAUCUAUAUUAAUUACUAUUCUUGACGGGAGAGGCCCUCCUUUUUUCCAUCCCUCACUAUCUACAUGGCAUUACUCGAUAGCGUGAAGCGUAAAGUGAAACAUCUCCGGCUCCAUUAGACUCUUCAUCUGCUCCGAUGACGGCGUAGGACGUCCGAGGUGAAGUGUCAUAUGGGAAGGUGAGGGAGGCGCGAUGACCCACCGCACCUCCCCCACCUUCAUCGACGUCAAAAUGCUAUCGACCCACUUCUCCUGGUGAGGCAACGUUGCACUCCGUACGUCCGCUUUGCGAGACCAAAGGCCACGAGGCCAAGGGACCAUGCUGUAGAUCACUGGAGACACCAUGGGAUAUAGCGAAAGAUAUGUAUGAGAGUGUGAUCUUCAGAAUCUCUAUCCCUCCAUCAUCUCACCGGCUUGUCCCUCCUGAGGCAUCCCUCCGGUGCCUUCCUGUAUGAUCUUAUACUGAGCCUUACUAGGACAGAUCGCCCACCUGGGAAAUGCAUGCAUCCACACACGUGGCGAAAGAUGCACCAUAGUUCACUGUGUGUUGCGUUAUGCACCUCUCUCUCUUCGGCCGCUUGCAGAAAUUUUUGCGACGUCUCAGGGGCUGUCGUGAUCUACCACACCACCACCAAUCAGUGAGACGUGAAGUAGAUUGUCUUGUCGAUACUCUUGAUAUGUGGCCUUCUACCUCUUCCUGACAUGGCUCACAUGAUCUCAUGGAGUGUCAUCUCGACCCACCACCGCUCUUGCUCUCCAUGCCCAAGAGUCUUGCUAGGGAUCAGGAUGAGUCGCCUCACUUCGCCCUCUCUCAUUUUCAUCAGCGCCUCGUUCUCCCAACCCCCAUCAAAAGGGACCUUUUGUCGACAAUCUUCAGACGAAUGCUCCUGGUGCACUGGCGCGGUGAAGCCGGCAGUCCGUAUAGUUCGGUCGUAUAUCACUUCAUCUCCCGGUCUCGGUCUCCGCCGCCAGCUCCAUCUCUGGAUGCACCAUUGCACUCCGAGGGUAGUCUUUGGCCACUUGUCCUGCUCCGGCUUGCGCCGAUACGUCCAAAAACUGAGCACAGACGCACAGAGGCAUGCGCCACAUACACAUUCACACCCCAGGGCUGCUCAGGUGUCGCCUACCCUUGGAUAAACUCCCAGGAGGUCUUGAGGGCACCGAUUAUGGUUCCCGCUUCCGCCACGCCCGUCAUGGUUCCCGCUUCCGCCACGCCCGUCAUGGCGCCGACACUCACUGGCCCCCACACACGAGAGUCGCCACACGAAACUCGUGAAAGCUGUUUGAAGCUGAACGAAUGAAGGCCGACCGAUCGAGAGCAGUCCUUCUGCACGGUUUCACGGAAAGGCGGUCCUUCUCUCCCCUUCUAACGGACCUCUCCUCCCUUUCUUCUCCACGCGGAUCGACAAUUCCUUCGUCUGGAUUGCCAGCUUUGAAUUGCCUGUCAUCCACCCCGCAAGCAUGAUGAAGCUCAUCUUGGCUCUCGUCAUUCUUCUGGCCGUCCUUCAGCCGUCGGUGCAGCAAUGUGUC